CCACUGGUCCCUUCUAAGUUUGCUCGUUCCAUUUAUCCCAAUCCAUAAUUCCCUGGAUUCAUUUUUUCUUUCGUCAAAGAAAAUUUCUAAUCUAAAUAAGAUUAUAAAAAGAAAAGAAAAAUCUAAGGUUGUCUUUUGGAUCAGUCAGACCGUUGCUAUAAGGUCGAGUCUGCAUUUUCAUACAGUGAUUGAUUGUACAAGUAGGAAGAAAGAAAUGCGUGCGGCAAUUUGGUUUGCUCUGAGGAGAUCAUUCCACUGCAGUACCGACCCGGCGGAGGUCUCGGGCCCAGCGAAGCAUCAGAGGACUACCAAGUCGAAGGCCCGUUUGAGAAGUUGCGGCUGCUCGAGGUCGAUAUCGACCCUGAGGGAUGUCGUUCAGGGCAGCAGCAGGAGGCACUCGGGGAGGCCACAAAGCUGUAGCCCGAGAUCGAUUGCUAGCAGCGAGUUCAUGAACACGAUCACACACGAAGUCGUCUUCAAAGACUCCAAGUGCGAGAUCAAGAUCCUCAGCAUCAACAACGGCGGAGGGAAAGUGAGGACUGGGAGUCUGGGUUCUGGUUCUGGCUUUGUGGGCUCUCUCACGCCAGGGACUCCCGGGCCAAGAGGCCUGCAUAUAGUCCCAGGAUCGGGUUAUGAUCAUCCUCGAAAGCAGACUGUUGGUACUCCAACAAGGAAGGGCAGGAGGGGCGCUUCCCGGAAGACAAAGGAACGCCCUGGAGUCAGGUCGGAGUCCGUUGUUGGGAACUCUUUGGUGCUUACGUGCCAGAAAUGCGGUGAGGAGUUCAAGAAGUUGGAUGCUGUUGAAUCCCAUCAUCUUUCACAGCAUGCUGUCACUGCACUAAUUGAAGGAGACUCGUCGAGGAAGAUAGUGGAGAUAAUCUGCCAAGCCAGCUGGUUAAAAUCCGACACUCGGACUGGCCACAUUGAUCGAGUACUGAAGGUCCAUAAUAUGCAGAGGACCCCAGCCCGAUUCGAAGAGUACCGUGAAAUGGUCAAGAUAAGAGCCAGCAAGCUCUCCAAGAAACAUCCUCGAUGUCUCGCCGAUGGGAAUGAGCUUCUGAGGUUCUACGGAACGGUCCUCGCUUGUUCACUGGGGUCCAAAUCCUCGGGCCUGUGCGGGUCCGAGAACUGUGGGGUCUGUCGUAUCCUGAGGCGCGGGUUUCCCUCCAAGAAGGAGCUGAAUGACUCCAUAGGAAUAUUCACAGCCUCGACAAGCGGAAGGGCCAUCGAAUCGAUUUGUCUCAGAAAGGAAGACCAGUCUCUGAGGAAGGCCCUGGUGGUUUGCAGGGUGAUCGCCGGGAGAGUCCAUAGGCCUCUCGAGAACUUCCAGGAAGCUGCCAUUAAUCCAUCAGGGUUCGAUUCUGUGGCCGGCAAAGUCGGCUGUUUUUCAAACAUCGAAGAGUUGUAUGUGUUGAAUCCAAAGGCGCUUCUGCCUUGUUUCGUGGUAAUAUGCAAGCCGUAAUCGAGCAAAAUCCCUAGGACAUCACAUUAGUAAAAUCUGUCUUCCUUGUUAACACUUUCCUUUGUAAAAUGUUCUUCUUGUCAGAGAUGCAAUAAUAUACACUGUCAAGCCUUAUAUGUGUAUAGUGCAUGGUUAUGUU